AUGCCCCAUUGGGGAAGACCAUCCGGGGCUCAUGCAGGAGGAGGUGGAGAAAUCUGGAGGGACGAAUUCGAGUCUCGGCGAAGGAGGUUUCUGGACGUGGGCGACGAGAGCGACGAUGGGUAUCAACAUGCCUAUCUCGAUCCUGCUGGCUUCAAGUCCAGGUCUGCUGACCGGCUUCCGAGGGAAGGCCUUACCGGUGACGAACUAUUAUUCACAGGAUAUGACUUGGGUUCUGCAAGAGGGGAGAGAGGAAGGGAUGAUACUGGAUACGAAGGAAGACCACAACGAUACGAAGACGACCACUACCGCAGCAAUGCCUUGACUCGGCCGUCGCGAGAAGACGCCCUGGUUCAAUCGGCCAAGGAGAAGCUCAGAAAAGCACGAGUUAAGGGAAAGACGAACGUCAGCUUGAGCGUUGAGGAAAUGGCAGCCCUGGAAAGAAGCAGCACGCAGCUAAGGGACUCAUCCGAACCGAGCACGCCGUCCAAGAACAAAACCAGAGGAAGUCGUUCUAGUAGUACCACGAGCCUGACAAGCACUCGCCCACGAAGAACGAGCGUCGGUCUCUUCGGCAGUACAUCGCCAUCACAAUCUCGCUCACGAACUCCAAAGACUACUAGGAAGUCGUCGAAUGAGCAGCAACCUGUCGCUCGCACUUCUGGCUCCACUCCACCAGCGUUCAUGAUUCGUGGUCCCGACGGUGUUCCGAUGUAUGCCCCUUCCGAUUACUAUCCUUCACCGGUGUCCUCUAGAAGACCGUCAUCGAAUAGCAACCGUCAGAUCACCCCGCCCUACGAGGCAUACUCUGUUCGAGGGUAUGGUCCAGAACUCCGUGCCCAACCCUCGCCAUCGAGUCGAGCUGCUUACGACGAGAACGCAUGGGCAUCAUCAAGUCGACCACCAGCCGGAGCAUCUUAUCCCGAUCUGUUUGGAGGGACUUUACCGCCAGGUGGUCAAUCUUAUCAAACCCACGUCCCAGCUUCUGAUGUCUCAUAUGCAAAAUUGAGGCGAGGACCCCAAGGGUCACCGCUUUCAAACGUGGAAGCAGCAGCAGAUCGAUGGGAAAGGGAAGGCGAGAUAGGAGCGAGGCCACCAAGCAGUGGAAGCAGUAGCGAUGAUUCUGGGCAAGGCGUGAGAAUUGAAGUCGAGCCUGGUUAUGGUUUCAGAAGAGUACCGGUCUCGAGCAAAAGCAGUGGCACAGUCAGGCGCAAAGGCAGGAAGUAG